CGUAGUGUUUUACUGGACUGCAUGAUGGAUUUCGUGGUUAUUUAAUAAUUUAAAUUUAUCACGAUACUCUAUCGUUGUCACGCCAUAUAAUACGUAUUAUACUAUGUUAGAAAUCCGAAUCAUAACGAUUAACAAUAAUAAUCAAAUAUUUGAUUAAUCGGAAGAUUAUGUAAUAAAUUGCAGACAGGUUCUGCAGGUGCUUUAUACCACCCUUGUUGCUGGUUUAAAAGAUUUACAAGCUAGAACUCAUGUAUGAUGUUUUGCCAUUUUUUAAGUAGUAAGAAUAAUGAUCGUGCAGCAAAAGUUUACGGAAUAACGUGUUCGAUAUAGUUACGAUUAAAACAAAUAUAACAGAGAUUCCUGAUUCUGGGACAACCUAGCCUAUAGUGUUGACUGAACUCUGUUCGAUUCGUUUUUCAAAUUACGUCGACAAUUUUUCCCACUUUAUGUCUAUAUAUAAUAUUUAUAUAUAUAGUGUAUACAUUUUAAUACGGUACAAUACAAUAGCGUAAAUAUUAUAAUAGUAAAAUACGACUGCGUAAUAUUAUUGUACGGUCGCAUAUACUUGCAUCGCACUAAAACACGCAGGUCCGUUUGCAGCAGGACAUAACGGCGUGGCGCGUUGUAGUCCGACUAUAUUAUAUGAUGCUGCAGUCGCAGAGACCGACCUCACCGAAGGAAACAGGCGCCAUCGCGACGUGGUGAAAGCGCCACCGCGAACUUGUGUCUUAUUAUUGUUUCUACACCACCGUACGUUUAGACUCGAGAUUGUGGCCAAUUUCCGAACGGCCCCGACGAACGGCAAGUCAUCGCCUUCGUGUGCCCCGUGGGUGGUCGUCCCGGCGACGUCAUACAUAUUAUAUAUAUAUACCCAUCGGCGUCGACGCACGUCAGAUGGAUGACGGGCACCGAUAGACUGACGACUGACGUCCGCGUAUUAUGAGUUUGUGUGUGCGUAUGUGUGAGUGCCAGAGAGAGAGAGAGAGAGAAGCGCUAAACGCUAAACAAUAACGACCAGCCGACAAUGCACGGCGGCAGUCCAAUAUUAUAUACAGGUAGAUACCUAUAUGUGUAGCUUCGGCGUGAUGUCUUGUUGUCUCUGCUGCGGCGACGUAACUGUACAUAGUGUGGAAUAUAAGUGCGUAGAUCCAGCUCCCCCAGAAAUUAACGACGUGUAUUUUUGUACAAUAUUAUAUAGGUAUCUACUCAAACGUAUAAUGAUGAAUAAAAGCUUGAAAAUUUAUGGUUUUUGGAAAUCCAAAGGAAAAACUAUCAAAAUGCGAAGUGUACUUACCUAUAGCUGAUAAACAAAUGCGCGCAAUAAUAGAUUCAAGUGAUGUUGAGGUGGAAAAACAGUUGGCUAAAUAGGUAAGUGUAAUAAUAAAUUAAUAACAGUAACAUUUUUACCCAUUAUGCGGUCACCAGUCUCUGCCCAUCAAAAUCUAAUAACAACACAAGUCGAACUUUUCCAAAAGUGGCGGAACUCUAUAGCCACGAGAUACCCGAGCCGUCGCAAUGAAUUGGCAUGGACGCCGGCAAAGUCUUUUCCUCUCUAUCGUACUUGUCGUGGAUUUUCUUGCAAUGUCAUGGAUCUUAGUAAAACACACGAUGGAAAGAGUCACCAUGAUGUGAAUAAAUGUGGUAAGAACCACUUCGAUAAGCAUUAUGGUAAAAACCAACAUCGGAAGCAUUGUAGUAAGAACCGGUGUGAUAAGCCCUUUGACAAAGACCGUCACAAAAAACACAGUGCUAAAAACCGAAACGGCGACGGUCGUCAUGGCAAGAAUUGCCAUAAACAAAACAAGCUGCAGAAGAUGAACAACUGCAACAAGCGCAAAAAGAUUAUGGUGGACAAUAAGGUAAUUGUCAACAUCAAUAAGGAUCGAUCGCCUAGUCCGACAUCAUAACGAGUAAAAACAAAAGUACCAGUUCUGGUCUCGACCACGCAUAAAUGUGUUGAGCAGAAUAGUAGUUUCGGGAUUUUUGAAAUUUGUUUACUGAUAUAUUGUGUAUCUUUCAUACUAUUAUGGUAUUAUAAUUUAUAAUAUACGUCUUACACGUACGUGUGUGAUAUAAAACCACAUUUUUACAUAAUUUGUGGAUAAAAUACACAAUUAUAUUUAAUAGUUCACGUUCACCGUUCGCUAAAUUAUAAUAAUAUUUAAUAUAUAUAUUUAUUUAUUUACUUGUGUAACACUGUCUUAAUCAUUGUACAAUAUAUCGAUGACAUAAAUGAUGAUUCUAGCAAACUAUAACUCUAACCUAUAAACAUAUACAUAAUAUUAUACAAAUAUGUUCGUUCAGACGAUAUUUUAAAGGCAAUAAAAUGUAGCAGUACAAUUUUUUUUAGGAAUAAACUUUUUAUUGGAAAUUAAUAAUUUAUCCUAUACCUUUGCAAUAUAUUAUUAUGGCUUGACAAUGCUUUUACUGAAUUUGUCAAAUCAUACAUGU